UUGCGGAGUCACCGGCCCACCGCAGCCACAGCAUCGGGCUGUCCUGUCUCCACCUCCAGGCGGAAAGCCUUCGCAACAGGAUCUGAGCGCGUCGUCGCCGUCGCCGGCAUGAAGUUGGCUGCGGUCGUGCUGAUGUACCUGGUCGCGCUCGCCUUCCUGGGCGCGGACACUGCGCGGCUGGACGUGGCGUCCGCGCUGAGCAAGAAGCAGGACGAGCGGGCGCUCGGUCGCGACAGGAGGGAACUUCGCGUGUCCAGCAGCCACCCCGCCGGGCCCGCGCAGACGCUCGUUCGGCCCCUGGACGGGAAGGGCGCCUCCGGGGGCCCCCAGGCCAGCAGCCCGGACGCCGCCCGCAUCCGAGCCAAGCGCUACCGGCAGAGCAUGAACAACUUCCAGAGCCCGCGCAGCCUGGGCUGCCGCUUCGGGACGUGCACGGUGCAGAAGCUGGCGCACCAGCUGUACCGGCUCACCGACAAGGACAAGGUCGGCGAGGCCCCCCGCGACAAGAUCAGCCCCCAGGGCUACGGCCGGAGGCGCCGGCGCUCCGCGCCCCAGACGGGCCCCGGCCGGCCUCUGCGGGCCCCGACCUCCCGGGCGCGCCGCGGCCUCCUCGCCCUCGUCGGGGCCUGAGCGGCGGACCGAGGUGCGCGCACGUCGCGGGGCCGGGGCCGGGGCCGGGGCGUCGCUCCGCAGCCGGCAGAGACCCGCGCCCGAGGUGCCGCAGCGGCGGGAGCCCUGGCCGUGCAUCCGAGACGGCGUGUGCGGGGGCCGAACGGGAACGCAGACGCGCCGCCGCGCCCCGCACGGGGUCUGAGCCACGGUGUGAGCGCCGCCGGCGGAGCUUCCCGGGGCCGCGGGCCCGCCAGCCUCGUGGAUACUUGAACUCCGUCCUCAGUGCAAUAGCGCAGCGCCUGCUGCCAGUGACUUUCCCUAUUUAAGCGCCGCGGCCGGGGAGGCUGCGAAUAGAGCUAUUUUUCUACCUGAUGUUCCUGUCGUGUCACGGGCAUUUAAAGAGAAGCUGCAUCGUC